AUGCAAGUAACUUCACAAAACACAGACUCUAUUAAUUUAAAAGGAUUUAAUUCCGCUCCAUUAACUGAAAGUGAUUAUUAUAUUGCCGAUUACUUUGCGGGCGAAGACAAAAUGCGAAAUAGAACCUGUACAAGUGUUCGUCGCAGUUCAUUUCGUCAUAGUUCAGCAACAUCAGGUAUACAAAGUGUAGAACUGCACUCAUUUCAACAUGUUAUACCAUCAGUAAUCAUCUAUGAUCGAGAUUCAGUGGAAGAAAAAUAUUAUGAAUCUUUAGAAAACAUCCCUACAAUAAAAAAUGGCGCAUGCAUGUGGAUUAAUGUUACUGGUGUACAUGAUAAAAUUUUACUAUCAAAUAUUAGCCGACAAUUUAAGAUUCACCCUCUCGUUGUGCUAGACAUUGAAACCAAUGAACAACGUACAAAAUUAGAUAUUAUUGACGAUGCUUUAUUUUUAGUUGUUAAAUUAAUCUAUCCUGAUCAAAUUUCAAGAAAGCCGCGCAUCGAACAAAUUAGUUUCUAUGUAAAAGAGAAUACACUGAUAACGUUUCAACAGAGUCCAAACGAUAUUUUUGAUCGUAUUAAAAAUCGAAUUCGUCAAAAUAAAGGUCGUAUUCGAAGAUCAAAAAUUGAUUAUUUAUUUUACUCACUAGUUGAUGCGAUCGUCGAUCAAUAUAUGGAUGUACUGGAUAUUGCAAAUACAAAACUGGAAGCUAUAGAUCAUCAAUUAAUGCAAAAUUUAUCGCGUGAUACUCUCGAAACGAUUUAUGAUCUUAAACGUGAUAUGCUUGAUUACCGUCGUUUAACAUCACCAUUGAAAGAAAUUAUCAAUCGACUACAAAAAGAAGAAGAAACACAAAUUAUACAAGAAAGUACAAUUAUUUAUUUGAAAGAUCUCUAUGAUCAUGUUGUACAAGUCACCGAUACGAUUGACACAUACCGCGAAAUGCUUGCUUCGUUUAUUGAUUUUUACAUGAUGUUAAAUUCUAAUGCAAUGAAUGAAGUUGUUAAAACAUUGACUAUGAUUUCUACUAUAUUUAUUCCUCUAACAUUUAUAGCUGGUUUAUAUGGGAUGAAUUUUGAUAAUAUGCCUGAAAUACAUUGGAAACAUGGAUAUUUCGUCUCACUUGGUCUGAUGAUAUUCAUAGCACUUUGUAUGUUGUUUUAUUUUAAAAGAAAACGAUGGUUUUAA